GCUUCUUAUUGUAAAUGAACUUGAGGAUGAAGAGACAAUGAAGUCCUGUUUUCUUGGCCAAUUGCAAAGCUUAACCCAGAAACUUGAGGCUCUUCCAAAAGAGAGUUUUUCCAUGCAGAGUAACAUGGCCAGAAGGCAGAUGGAGUAUGAUGUAGGCCGAGUAAGGGACACAAUGCGACAGAGGCUGGGGACGUACAAAGAAAUAGCUGCCCGUUAUGAAGCAAGGAUUCAGAGGCUUAGGAAAAUUGACAAAGAGAUUGUGCAACUACAAACACGGCAGGACCAGCUGGAGAGAAUCCUACAGGACGAUCUUCAAGAAUCAAAACGUGACUCUGGAAGCUGUGAUCAUUAUGACCCAAAUGCUAAUACUGAAAGCCGGGAAAGUGGUGUCUCUGGUGCAAAUGAUGGCAAUAACAAUGAUGAUGCUAAUGUUGGAGGUGGUAACAAUGGUUUCAAUAGCUCGCGAUAUCCAUGCGAUAGUGGUAUUCUACCAGAUGUCGACAACAAAGGCUCAUCACAAGAGAAUGUAACAACUAAGUCACGUAUGGUCACUACCUCCACGCAGACAACCGAAGAUUUCAUGGAUCCGUAUAUGCACCUUACUGGAGACAAUGCCUACCCUCGUCCAGGCCAACAUAGCAUGGGCGUGCCAUUGAAUGCUGAGAUGUACCAUGGGUCGUGGUCAUUCAUGCCUGGUGGGUUAGCCCAGCAGCACCGCCAUCCAGUUAAAUCAAACCUUGAUCAGGAUACAUCUAGCGUAAUGAGUUUCAACAGCUCAGCGGGCUCUGGCUCAACACCUAAUCAUAUGAUGGGCAGUAAGGUGGAGAUGAUGUAUUCUCUGCUGUCGAUGCUUGGAACACAUGAUAAGGAUGACAUGUCACGUACGUUGCUAGCGAUGUCAAGCUCCCAGGAUAGCUGCAUAGCCCUAAGACAAUCAGGUUGUUUACCUUUACUGAUCAACCUCCUGCAUGGUCCAGAGGACUCAUUGAUGGGAGAUCCAAGAGCAAGUAAGGAAGCACGCUCCAGAGCUGGAGCUGCAUUACACAACAUUGUCCACUCUCAUCCAGAUGAGAAGAAGAAAAAAGAGGAGGCAAAGGUGCUGAGGUUGUUGGAACAAAUCAGAUCAUAUUGCGACUUUUUACGAGAGUCGAAAGACGGUGUCAAGCGAAAUGCAGAAGUAGACCCAGCAUCACCAGUAUUUGAUCAUAAUCCAGCCCCAGCCGUAGCUACCCUCAUGAAACUGUCGUUUGAUGAGGAACACCGAAGUGCAAUAUGUCAGUUAGGAGGAUUAUUGUCCAUUGCAGAACUUUUGCAAUUAGAUUAUGAUGUCAACUCUAAGUCACCUGAUCAGUAUUGUUUACUCUUACGACGCUAUGCUGGCAUGACUCUAACAAAUUUGACUUUUGGAGAUGGUGCAAAUAAAGCUACUUUGUGUUCAAUGAAAGGUUGUAUGCAUGCUCUUGUUGCUCAACUGAAUGCUGACAAUGAAGACCUCACACAGGUCGCUGCCAGCGUUCUUCGGAAUCUUUCCUGGAGAGCAGAUAUUGCCAGCAAGCGUGUUCUGCGAGAAGUUGGCUCCGUCAUUGCACUGACAAAUGCCGCUUUGAUCGUUAAGAAAGAACCAACUUUAAAAAGUGUACUGAGUGCUCUGUGGAAUCUCUCGGCACAUUGCACUGAAAACAAAGCAGACAUUUGUGCUGUAGAAGGUGCCCUCAAGUUUCUUGUUAGUACAUUGACUUAUAAAAGCCCUUCUAGAACCUGGGCAGUUGUUGAAAAUGGUGGCGGUAUUCUGCGAAAUGUUUCAAGCCACAUUGCAACAAGUGAGGUGUAUCGUAAUAUAUUACGUGUUCAUAACUGUUUACAAAUUCUAUUGAAACAACUCAAGUCUUCAAGCUUAACCAUUGUAAGCAAUGCAUGUGGAACACUUUGGAAUCUGUCAGCCCGCUGCAAAGAUGAUCAGGAAUUACUGUGGAAAUUAGGUGCUGUUAAUAUGCUGAAGAAUCUUGUACAUUCCAAGCAUAAAAUGAUUGCAAUGGGAAGUUCUGCUGCCCUUAAAAAUCUAAUGGCUGCCAGACCAGACAUGUCCAGCCAUGAGGGCUCAAAAGACUCUACUCCUUCUUUACACAUCAGAAAGCAAAAGGCAUUGGUGGAAGAGAUUGACAAGAACCUUCGUGAUGCAUUCAGUAGCAUGAAAAAAACAAAUGAUAAGUCAGAAAAAGACAAUCAAUCCUGCGGAAAAGGAGGCAGAGGAAGGUUGGUGUACCCUAGAAACCAGUCUCACAAUAGACACCAUGCCGAUGCAAAAACAAAAGGACCAGUGUGGUUUCCAAGAGAUCCAAACAAACUAGAAACAAUGAAAUCACAGUCGCCACUUGAAUCAGGUUCACCAGAGAGUGAUAUUCACCAGGUGCAGCAAUCACCUGGCUCAUCAAGGCAUGACAGAAAUGAUUAUGAUACAGAUGAAAGUGGGAAAGACUCCUCUAGAGGAAGGAGAGAUGGCAGAAGACCAGAAGGUUCCAAAUUAGAAAGGAUGAUGAUGGAGGUGGCAAUGAAUGCUGGAAUCAAGAUGGAGAAUGAGCAAGAAGAAAUGAAUGCUGCUCGUCAGUUAGAAAAAGAUCAAACAUCAAUGCGGCCAAGUUCUGUGACAAAGAUCCAGCACAGUGGAUCUAACCUUACAAGUAGAUCUAAUUCAUUUUGUUUUGGCUUUGAUGCCAAUGGCCAAAAUUUCCAUGCAAGGAGACUUUCAAAUGACAGCAUCAACAGUAUUGCUAGCGAUGUAUAUCCAAUGGGUGCACAUGGAAGUCCUUAUGGAAGACAUCAUAUAGACCAUCAACUAGCAUAUGGUGCAGGUUAUCCACAUGAAGUCUUGGCACAGAAUCAUGCAGCAAUGAUUAAGAAGGUCACAGAUGAUGGUCUUGAACAAGAUAGAGACAUUACUAUCAAUUUCAGUCAGAAGUAUUCUGAUGAAAGUCUUGGCGGAGGACGGGCUCCUGCCAAGGAUGCAAAAGAAAAUGAAGAUCCUAGGACACAAAUCCAUCAUAUACCUUUGGAUAUGGCAAGGAAGUAUCAGUUAACUUUUUGCCAACAAAAUGAGGAUGAGAGACAUAUGUUCAAUAUAGGACCCAUGAACAACUCCCACUCAAGAAAUUUUAAUUAUUCGACUGGUUACAACAUGAAUCUUCCAGCCAAUGGACAACCCCCACAAGAACAAAAAUCAAGUAGUGUGGAGAUCAUUCGUGCACGACCAAAUCCAAAACUGCCUACUUUCCUAGGAUCGCAAGUUCCGUCAAAAAUGAGAGAACCAGCAAUACAAGGUGCUAGUAAGGUCCACUAUAACGAUGACGAGCAUGAACAGUUCUCUGCUACUGAUCAACCUACUGAUUACUCACAAAGAUAUGCAACAGAUAUGGAUGAGUCAACUUCUCCAGGGGUAAAUUUUAUCCAGAUGCCAUUUUCCUCGGGCACAAAUUCAAGUGUCUUUAUGGUAGCUGAAGGUUUACCAGAUGCUUUGAAUUCAAGUAACCAACAGAGUGAUUCAUGCAAAGAUGAAGAUAAAGUAGUUGCUCAGUCUCACACUAAAAAAGAAAUGUUCAAGGAUGAUAAAAAGAAAUUCUGUGUUGAGGACACACCAACCGUAUAUUCAAUGCGCUCUUCCUUAAGUUCCUUAAAUUUUGAUGAGCCAGGGAAAGAAGCAGACAUUUCUGUACAUGCUCCUCAAAGUGAAUCAUAUACACCACCAGAAUGCGAACAGCAUGAUGAGGAACAGAGAAUUGAAGGUGACACUGAAUCAGGAAUAACACAAGAUAGCAAGUACGAGAAGGACGAGAGGGAGGUACACUUUGUUGAGGAAACACCAUUGGUAUUUAGUAGAGCUAGCUCAACAAGCUCAUUAAGUAGCUUUGACAUGCCAUCCAUUUGUGAAGACCGCUCAUCAAUAUUUAGUGACAGCAGGCGAGCUAGUGAGGUUGUAAGUCCAAGUGAUCUUCCAGAUAGUCCAAGUCAGAGUAUGCCUUCUAGUCCAAAGCGAUGCAAAUCUGCAAUCUUAAAGAAAAAAGCUGCGAUUUCUGAACAAACAGUUAUAAAUACAGUUGCCAAAGCACCUCCCCCUCCUGAAUUACCAUACAAACCCACUUCGUUUGCUACUGAAGGAACCCCAAUGGAGUUUUCUUGUGCAACAAGUUUGAGUGGCUUGAGUAUUGAAGGAGAGGAGAAGAUCAAGAAAGAACCUGACUUGCCUCUUGUACGAUCAGAGGAAUUCAAUGAACAGGAAACUGAAUCACAGAUAACAACAGAUGAUACUGAAACUACAGAGGAAGAAGUUGCUGAAAUGUCUGAAAGAGAACAAAAUCUAUUGGAUGACUGUAUUCAGUCUGCCAUUCCUGCCAAAAAGGUUUCAGUCCGUCAAAAUAAAGUAAAACCCAAAGCUGGCAGCAAACUUGUGAAAAAUUCAAAAUCAAAGAAUGAUUUACUGUCACCAUCUAAUGAGGAACCAGAGGAUAUAUCACCUAAAGAUGUGAAAAAGAAUUACUGCACAGAAGACACACCACUUAUGUUGUCAACUCGAACAUCUCUAAGCGACCUGACAAUCGAUGAUUUUGAGAUCAAUGCAACAGCAGAAGGUCAGUUAGUUAUGCAGGAAGUGAAACAAUCUCAUGUUCAAGAGAAGAAACCUAAGGGGCUUCAAGAAAAUCAGUUAAGUACAAAGCAGGAAGAAGCAGUGUCAGAAUCGAAUUCUGUGUUGAGUGAGACAGAUGAUUCGAUUCUUGAGGCAUGUAUCAAUUCAGCAAUACCACCACCCAAACCAUCUAAAUUGAGACAUAACAGUUCUAGGGGGAAGUCAACUAGACUUGGGCCAAAAUCACGAAAUGUUGGACGACCAAGUGGUAUACCACGAAGGAGAAAUACUCCUCCAGAUAACAGACAUAGAAAUCAUUCUCCAAUACCUGAAGUUGAAUCUGAAAAUAGGAUGACAGCAGGUAAAGAAAGAGUACAAGCUUGGCAAAGUUCUCAAUCUGAUGCAUUGAUACAUUUUAAGACUGAGGGAACACCCAGUACAUAUUCAGCAGGAUCUGGUCUUAGUAAAUUGACAAUUGACUCCGCCCUUCAAGAAGAUGUUAUUAAUGGUAAUGUUGAGCUAAAUUCAAUAUCACAAUUUCCAAUUUCAUGUGCCACAAGUAAACAUAGCAUUCCAGCACCAAGUACAGAGAGAAGGCCUGCAUAUGGGGCUAGCCUUGGAGCAUCACCAAUAGACUCACCAAGAGUAUUUGGUAUUGAGGGCACUCCAAUAUCAUUCUCAAGGAAUGACUCCCUCAGCUCUCUUAGUUGUGAAGAAGAUGUUGACUUUUCUCAAGCUAAAAAGAAACUUUCUGCUGAAAAAACCACAGACGGAAAGUCUUCCAAUGAUUUAAAAUUUAUGAAGCAAAACUCUGCUGCAAUACAAAGUGAAACAUCAAAGAAUAUUGAAGUUUCAGGAAAACCAAUUAAUCAAAAGAAAUCAGAAUCAUCUGAAAUCUCAAACAGAAGAUCACGAAUAAAUUCUAUGGAUUCUUGCAAAAAGUUUUAUGAGGAGGGUACACCAUUUUGCUUUUCACGUAAUUCCAGCUUAAGCUCGCUGAGUGAUCCUGAUGAUUUGGAUGUUGGUGUGGAUGUAAAUCAAUCAGAACAAAAUGAACAACCAGAACAGCAGUAUACAACUACAUCUGGUAAAGACACACCACACAUGUUUGCCAUAGAGGGCACACCAGUGUGCUUCUCGCGUAACAGUUCUCUUAGUUCUCUAAGUAUGGAUGAAGAAACAGAAGCGGAACAAGCUCUUUUGGAUGCAUGUAUAAAUUCUGCUAUACCGCCAAAGACAACAAAGAAACCUAGCUCUAAGCCACCCAAACCUAGAGUCAGCACUUUGGCACAAAACCAGAAAGGAAAUGUCGCAUCUAGUCUUAGUGCUACUCAACAGUUAAUGGAGAAGAAAUCUGAAUCAACAACAAUGCAAGGAAAGGGACCUCGAAUAGUUAAACCAUCUGAAACUACUCCAAAGCAACCAGAGGUAAAGAGUAUUGUUGGUGGCAAAAAAACAUAUAAAAGUCCAAUUACAGGAAGAUCACGGUCCAUCACACCACCACGUUCAACAACACCUCCUAAAGCUGUUCCAAGUGUAGCAGUUCGGAAAAACACAGCCCAGAAGACACCAAUCAGUCGAUCCACUUCUUCAAGCAAACUACCAACGUCUACAUCACCUAUAUCUAAAUCAAAUAGUGGAGGGAUUGAAACUAAAACUAAAACAAAUAUGAACAAAGCAAAGCCAUUGGUGAAUAAACCUGGUAACAAGUCAAAUAGUGCUAAAACACUAGGUACAGCAAAGAGUCCUAGAACCGCAGUGUCAUCAGCACCAUUAAGAACAACUUCAGCACCUGCAUCUCGAACAGUGUCAGCUCCUGGGUCUAGAUCACAAUCACCUGCUUUGAACAAACAAACAGUUAACAAAAGAUCUAUCUCACAAAGUCCAGCUAGAAAUCUGGGUCGCAAUACUCCCCCUUUGUCAAGGAAUCAGUCAACGGCUAGAAGAGCAAGUAUUGACAGUAACUCAUCAACUAGUUCAAAUACAAGUGGGGUGAAGUCCAAGACCACUACAACACCUCCUAGGAAUAUUGCCAACAAAGCAACUGGAUCUAAAAAGAUACCUGCAAAACCAGUUAUCAAAUCAUCGCCAGCAAAGAGUGCCACAGCUUCUCCUAAAACUAGCCGAGCUAGAACUGCAGGAGCAGGCGUGAAAAAGAAAGCACCAGCCAUUUCAAAUACAUCGGCGUCUUCUACUAAAGAUACACUCGGUGUCCCAAGACCAACUCUAGUUAAGCAGUCCACAUUCACCAAAGAUUCUGCGUCCAUUCCAGAAAGUACACCUGUAAAUACGACCAUUGUAACUACAACUGCUUCAGGAGGUGCUAAACAGGAAAGUAAACCUUUGAAAGGCAGACCACAGGCACUUAACAUAAAUAAAAAGACAAGUGCUGUUAAAUCUAAACCUACUGGUAAGGAUACUACAGGAAAAUCAAAGUACAAUCCAUCUAGUACUCCACCUCUUUCAAAAAAGGCAUCCACAGUUUCAAAAAAGGCACCCACAACUAAAGGGCAUACUGAUAAAUGCGAUAUCAAGCGGCAGAGUGUUUUUGAGAAAGAAUUAGAAGAACUUCUUGGUGCAGCUGGAAAUCAACUAAGUACUGAAGUUGGUUCUCGUCUGACAUUCAUUGUAAGAAAGGGACCACCACAUGCACAUGCAAAGGAUAUUAGUGAAAGUGAAGCAGAAGAAAAGCAGAGCAAAGCAACCUCACAGGAACCUCCACAGUCCAAGUGUGACUCAGCUACAGUGUGUUCUAAAACUAGUGAACCAUCUAGUCAUGAAAAAAGUAGUGAUACAUGCACCAGUGAGCUUCAUCAGAAAAGUGUUGAAGUGUUGAAAAGUGUUGAAUCUGAUACUUAUAUUACUAGUGAUUCUGCUAGUAUAUGUUCUCAUGCAAGUGAGAUAACCACCACUUUUAGACCGCUACCUGAACGAAGUUUAUCUACUCCAGAACCAGGAUCACGUGGACCUUGGAUGAAGAGGGAUGACAGUGAUUUGACUUCACCAACAUCUUCAAUGGCAUCAUCUGCUCUCACCUCUCGCCACAACAGUUCAUACAGUUUGCAUGCUAUUAGUGAAUGUGGAGAUGCUCUAAACUGGAAACAUAGAGUUAACUCACAGUCAGCAUUUGGGAAUAGAAUUGAAACAUGGAGUCGCCAGAGCACACCACAAGCAGGACGGAAGAACAUGAUUGUCAACACAAAAUCCCAGAGUGUGAACAGCCUUAGUGGGGUUGAAUCUGAGAAAAAAGACAAGAAAAGAUUUUCUUUUUUAAGAUUUAAAUUCAGGAGUAAGAAGGGUUCAGACGAAGAGGGGAAAAAACCUUCCAAAGAGUCUAAGUCAAAGGAUACAAAGAAAAAAGAAGAAAAAUCAAAGAAAGAAAAAUCAAAUUCUACAGAAAACUUUGAAAGAUCUUCUGAACGAAGCAGUAAAAGGAGCUCAUUCAGAGCUAAGUUUUCACCUCGCAUUAAGAAAAAAGGAAAGAAAGAAGAGAAAGGAAAUAACACAAAGGAUAAGCCAGUAGAAAACAAUGAAGAGAAAUUAAAAGAACUAGAAAUGCAAAAGGAUGGUGAGAAAGGCAGUUUCGAGAAAGAGGUGUUCCAGGAACAGGAAAUUAACUUUGAAAGCAGGCUGGAGGGACUCGAUGAUUGGGAUAGUGACAAUAACAUUGAUAAGGAAGUCAUGCCAUAUUAUACGGAAGAAUGGGACAGUGACAAUGAUAUCAACAAGGAGACGAUGCCAGACUUGCCAGAGAGCAAUUCAGAUAUGGAGCGCAGUCCCGAUGAUGCACCUUAUCAGAUUUCAAUCAUUUAUAAAUGUUGUGAGACAGAAUCAGAUGGCAGUAAAGCAACUAGUGCUCUCAAAGUAUGCAAUGAAGAAGACCAAAAACCCAAAGGCUUAGAAAACCGCUUGAAUUCAUUCAUAAGGCUAGAUGAGAAAGACGAGACACAACAGGUUCCAAAAAACUCCCGAACGAGGCGGAGGACACUCAGUGCCGACGUAUCCCACCAAACAGAGUCACUGAACGGGUCACCUCGGCCUCAGAAACUGCAUCUUCCACAAAAGCCAUUCGGAAUGAAUCGAAGCGACAGUUCUCCAGCAACCGUAACAUCAGUUCUUGUAUCUCCUUAUAACUACAGUCCAUACAAGCGAUCAUCUGGUCAAAGUGCAGAGAUGACCCGUUUGAUUCAGGAUAUCAAACAGUUACGUCUUACAAAAGAUGACCUGAUGAAGCUUGGUAGUGAAGAAGGGGAUAAUGACCUUAUUAGUCCAUCAAGUUCAUCAACAAUCACCACUGUGUAAUCUUGCACCCCAGCAGACCAAGGGUGUACUAUAUUCCAUGAAGUACAGUCUUGGUGAAAUAUAUAGUGUUAGUUUUAUAUCACCAUGACCUAGAAUUCACUGCAUUUUAAGUGUUACUCUUUAAUUUAUUGACAUUCAAGACAAUUUGUUGUUUUAACUACCAGUGUUCAGGAUUUAAAAUGUUGUAAUUGAUUAUUAUAUACAAAUUACCACAUCGUUUAUUCUCAUUGUCAUUUAAAUAGUUUAUUCAUUAAUAAGUGGUCACCAAUUGUUUUCUCUAUUUUUAUUUUCAUAGAAUUCUUUAAAUAUAUUUUAUAAACGUGUUGUUUUGUUCAAUAAUGACUAAAUGUGCGUUUAUAUACAUUUUGACUUCCGUAAGUCCAGGACAAUUUGGUGCGACGGGCAUUUUCCAGUAAUUAGGAUAACUAGCUAUUGUAGCAGAAGUACUUAAACAUUAAUAGACAAUACAUUGGAUGCUGCAAUAACGAUGUUUAUUAUCAAUAGGCCUAUAUUUACGAUUACUGUACCUUAAGGUUUCUGGUGUUUUUGAAGUUUUCUAUGCUCAUGAUGUAUUGAUAAUUUAAGUUGUAUGUUUAUCAUUAUUCCUAUUUAUAAUGUACAGUUAUUUGAAUAUCAGAACAUUAAUAGCUUCUAAAGUUGGUACACAGCAUUAAUAACAAGUAAUCAUGAAUAUCAUUCAUCAGAUAUCAUUUAAAAUAUCAUCUGUGAAAUGAAAUUGAUUGUUGAUUAUAAAUUUACAGCAGGCGUGUGUAUCUAAAUUGAAUGUACUGUUAUAGAUGUGUGUCAUUCCCAAGGUUGAGAUACAUGAGUUCAAAAGUGGGGAGGGGAUGCCAUCUCAGAGUACAUUAGUAAUGAUUUUGACAGUUAAAGGGGGAAGGGUGGGAUGGGGAGCAAACACCCAUCAUGGUUCCAUCACUUAAUUUUCUACUGAUUAUCACAUAGAAUGUUCAUACAGAAUCAAAUACAACUCUUAAUGGCCAAUGUUUUUAACUAAGCAUUGUCAAAAUUUCUGAAAUAGCUACCGAAUCAUGAAUUGUUAAAUUCACUUUAUAGAGUAGAUUUGUUGUGUAGUCAAGUAUAGUUUUAUAUAUCUGGGAUUUAUGUUGAAAUCAAAGAUCUUUGGUUGAAAUGUAAUCUGCUUCAUGCUCAACAUAUUCUGUUUCGAGUAUCUGAGUAUUUUAAAGGUUUCAUAUAUUUAAGUGUGUGUGCUUAAAUUGGGAACAUUCUAUUUUGCAAUAUAGGCCCAUAAAUGGAUCUCUGUUUGUCACUGACACCAUUAUAAUGGACAUUUUUUAAAUUAGCACUAUCAUGUUACAAUAUUAUCAAGUCAUAUUCAACAACAAUAUAUCAAUACAGUAAUCAUAAUAAGUAAUUGAUGGAAUUUUGGAAUAUUGAAUCAACAUUUUAAAUUCGUAGGGCUCUGUGAUCAGGUUGUCUCUGUACCUCAAAACUUAUCUCUUCUGAUAAUUUUCCCCUUUUGUAUAAUAGAAAGUUAUGACUCAAGCCUAGAAAAUUUUAUACUCUUGCCAAAGAGAAUAUAAGGGAAGAGGUUCAAACACCAGAUAUUUACUCAUGUAUGUUACCAUUUGAGUUGUCAAAUGCACACACACGCCAAGUUACGACAUUUGCCAGAUCGUAGAAGGGGUGCUUUUGAAUAGAUUAUUUAUAUACUGUAUUUUAUUGAGGAGGUAUAAGACCUCUUUCCAUAUACACUCUUUGAGUCUAGGUUCAGUAAAUUGCUAUAGUCAAGAUACUAUUAAAGUACAUGUUCAUUUUAGAUGUAAAAGUAAGAGCCAGAGGUUUUGGGCUUUGUGGAAUUUUGCAAUAUGCUGUACAGAAUUUGUUAGUGAAUAUAUCUUGAUGUUUCCUUAGUAGGCCUGUAAAGAUUCUCAUGGUACUUGAUAUGUUCAUUAUUUUCACGUGUUGUGUCAGUAAUGCCUUGUAUGUAUAAUGAAAAUGAUAAUAAAGAAAUCAAAGGAAAUAAA